CCGCCGAUCCCGCCUGGAUGGAAGCCCCUCUGGGUUCCCAUUGGCUCCUGUGAGUGCUUGGGUGUCGGGAGCCUGUGUUAGGCGCCGGGCACCAACUUUUGAAGUUCGCCCAGGAGGCUGCGUUCGGGUCCCGGAUCCGCGGCCGACGGAGCCGGUGGAGGCGCGCCCGCCGCGCCAGUCACCAUGGGGAGCAAGGGUGCCUACCGGUACCACUGGCAGAGCCACAAUGUCAAGCACAGCGGCGUGGACGACAUGGUGCUGCUGUCCAAGAUCACAGAGAACGCUAUCGUGGAGAAUCUAAAGAAGAGAUACAUGGACGACUACAUCUUUACGUAUAUUGGAUCCGUGUUAAUAUCAGUCAACCCGUUCAAGCAGAUGCCAUACUUCGGGGAAAAGGAAAUUGAAAUGUACCAAGGAGCGGCCCAGUAUGAGAACCCACCACACAUCUAUGCCCUUGCAGAUAAUAUGUACAGAAACAUGAUCAUCGACAGAGAGAACCAGUGCGUCAUCAUCAGUGGUGAGAGUGGUGCUGGGAAGACCGUAGCUGCCAAAUACAUCAUGAGUUACGUCUCCAGGGUCUCUGGAGGAGGCCCCAAAGUUCAGCACGUGAAGGACAUCAUUCUGCAGUCCAACCCACUGCUGGAGGCCUUCGGGAAUGCCAAGACCGUCCGGAACAACAACUCCAGUCGAUUCGGAAAGUACUUCGAAAUUCAGUUCAGCCCGGGCGGAGAACCAGAUGGUGGAAAGAUCUCCAACUUCCUUCUGGAGAAAUCCAGGGUGGUGAUGAGAAACCCCGGAGAGCGGAGUUUUCACAUAUUUUACCAGCUCAUCGAGGGUGCCUCUGCAGAACAGAAGCAGAGCCUGGGCAUCACCAGCAUGGACUAUUAUUACUACUUGAGCCUCUCCGGCUCCUACAAGGUAGACGACAUUGACGACAGGCGGGAGUUUCAGGAAACUCUGCACGCCAUGAAUGUGAUUGGGAUCUUCGCGGAGGAGCAGACGCUGGUGCUGCAGAUCGUGGCUGGAGUGCUUCACCUGGGAAACAUCAGCUUCAAGGAGGUUGGCAAUUAUGCUGCGGUGGAGAGUGAAGAGUUCUUGGCUUUUCCUGCAUAUCUCCUGGGCAUCAACCAGGGCCGGUUGAAAGAGAAGCUCACAAGCCGGCAGAUGGAUAGUAAAUGGGGAGGCAAGUCGGAAUCCAUCCACGUGACUCUCAAUGUGGAGCAGGCCUGUUACACCAGGGAUGCCCUCGCCAAGGCCCUGCAUGCCCGGGUCUUUGAUUUCUUGGUAGAUUCCAUCAACAAGGCAAUGGAGAAGGACCAUGAAGAAUACAACAUUGGCGUCCUGGACAUCUAUGGCUUUGAAAUAUUCCAGAAAAAUGGCUUUGAGCAGUUUUGUAUCAAUUUUGUUAAUGAGAAAUUACAGCAGAUCUUUAUUGAACUGACCCUAAAAGCAGAACAGGAAGAGUAUGUUCAGGAGGGGAUCCGGUGGACCCCCAUUGAGUACUUCAAUAACAAAAUCGUGUGUGACCUGAUAGAGAACAAAGUGAACCCCCCUGGCAUCAUGAGCAUCCUGGACGACGUGUGCGCCACAAUGCACGCCGUGGGCGAGGGCGCGGACCAGACGCUGCUGCAGAAGCUGCAGAUGCAGAUCGGGAGCCACGAGCACUUCAACAGCUGGAACCAAGGCUUCAUCAUCCACCACUACGCCGGGAAGGUGUCCUAUGACAUGGAUGGCUUCUGUGAGCGGAACCGCGAUGUGCUUUUUAUGGAUCUGAUCGAGCUGAUGCAGAGCAGUGAGCUAAGAGCCCAAAUUGCCACCUUUCUGGACUGUACCCAGAUUUUCCAGCUUGCGGAUCCUACUCCGCCAAGCCUGCAGGGUUCUUUGAAGAAACCCUUCAGGAUCCUGAUCCGAUUGUUUAACUUGUCCUUUGAAAGUUCUGUGCUCGUCUGCAGCGGAUCUGGUGCAGCCAUUUUGGCCCCCGUUAAGGAGAACAAACAAGCCAAUGACCUUGUGAGCACCCUCAUGAAGUGCACACCCCACUAUAUCCGCUGCAUAAAGCCCAAUGAGACCAAGAAGCCCAGAGACUGGGAGGAGAGCAGGGUGAAGCAUCAAGUAGAAUACCUGGGUCUGAAAGAAAACAUCCGCGUGAGAAGAGCUGGCUAUGCUUAUCGACGCAUCUUCAAAAAAUUCUUGCAGAGAUACGCCAUUCUCACGAAAGCCACUUGGCCUGCCUGGAGAGGAGACGAGAGGCAAGGAGUCCUCCACCUGCUGCAGUCGGUCAGCAUGGACAGUGACCAGUUCCAGCUCGGGAGAAGUAAAGUGUUCAUUAAAGCCCCGGAGUCUCUCUUUCUUCUAGAAGAGAUGAGAGAGCGAAAGUAUGAUGGAUAUGCUCGGGUGAUUCAGAAAUCAUGGAGGAAAUUCGUGGCCAGGAAGAAAUAUGUCCAAAUGAGAGAAGAAGCCUCAGACCUCUUGUUGAACAAGAAGGAGAGAAGGCGAAACAGUAUUAAUAGGAACUUCAUCGGGGAUUACAUUGGGAUGGAGGAGCACCCGGAACUGCAACAGUUUGUGGGCAAGAGGGAGAAGAUUGACUUUGCAGACACGGUGAUCAAGUAUGACAGGAGGUUCAAGGGUGUAAAGCGAGACUUGCUUCUGACCCCCAAGUGCCUGUACUUAAUCGGACGGGAAAAGGUGAAGCAGGGCCCAGACAAAGGCCUGGUGAAAGAAGUGCUGAAGCGGAGGAUCGAGAUGGAAAGGGUCUUGUCCGUGUCCCUCAGCACUAUGCAAGACGACAUCUUCAUUCUCCAUGAGCAGGAGUACGACAGCCUGCUUGAAUCCGUCUUCAAAACGGAAUUCUUGAGCCUCUUAGCCAAACGUUAUGAGGAAAAAACCCAGAAGCAACUACCUCUGAAAUUCAGCAAUACGCUGGAACUGAAGCUGAAGAAGGAGAACUGGGGUCCCUGGAGUGCAGGCGGCUCCCGGCAAGUGCAAUUCCACCAAGGCUUCGGUGACCUGGCCAUCCUCAAGCCUAGUAACAAGGUGCUGCAGGUCAGCAUCGGACCCGGGCUGCCCAAGAACUCCCGUCCUACCAGAAAGAACACGACCCAAAGCAGAGGUUAUUCCAGUGGGAUGCAAAAUGCCAACUACCCCAUGAGAGCUGCCCCUCCCCCCCCAGGAUACCAUCAGAAUGGAGUCAUCAAAAACCAAUUUGUGCCACAUCCCCAUGGUCCUGGAAACCAGAGAUCCAAUCAGAAAAGCCUGUACACGUCCAUGGCCCGCCCACCCUUGCCACGGCAACAGUCUACUGGCUCAGACCGGGUGUCCCAGAUACCAGAGAGCCUGGAUUUCCUCAAGGUCCCAGACCAGGGUGCUGCAGGUGUGCGGAGACAAACCACCAGUCGACCUCCCCCAGCAGGGGGCAGACCGAAACCCCAGCCCAAACCCAAGCCUCAGGUGCCCCAGUGCAAGGCUCUCUACGCCUAUGAUGCUCAGGACACAGAUGAACUCAGCUUCAAUGCCAAUGACAUUAUUGAUGUUAUCAAAGAAGAUCCUUCGGGCUGGUGGACCGGCCGGUUACGAGGCAAGCAGGGCUUGUUCCCCAACAACUACGUGACCAAGAUCUGAGAGACACUGCUGCACUGGGUGAAGGGCCAGGCACAGAUAGACGGAGGGGACAUCACAGCGAGCAAGGCCUGGAGCUAGUCGACACCGGGUGUUCCCCCAUGUCCUAAAAGGUCAACUCUUCAUUGGAACCCAAGAGGGCAAAGCCACCACCCACCAAGAUUUAUUUAUUGUAUUUAAACCUGGCGAGGGGGUGAACCGGUCCAGCCUGUUGACCCUCUCACCAGGCCCAGGAGAGGGCUGCAGGUGGCCGCUGACAAGUGCCUUUAGUUGAAGAGCACUUUUUUUUCCCUUUUCCAUACUUGACACAUACAUUCCUCUCUGCUGCCUGCUUUGGGGAGGGCGGCACUGUGCAGGCUGGGCUCAGUAAGUGGACGCGCAGGCCAGAGGUGAGCACGGCCUGCCGCCUCCGAGGGUGCUGGUUUAUACUUGGUUGGGCUGCCGGCCUUAUGUCUCUGGAUUUUCUAUUGGGAUGUGGCUGGCCAUGUUGGUUUUUGUUAAUGCUAUACCUAAGGAUCUUUUUUUUCUUCCAAGCUGUACAUUUAUAAAAACAGAUCAUAUACUGUAUAUACAAAAAUCUCGAGAUGGUAGAAACAUGUAUGAAUGUACUAAGUAGUAAUCCACUGUACUUACACAUAGGGUAAGUUUUAUUACAAGAUUCCCACCAGGUACUUACAAAUAUGCACUAGUCCCAUUCAACUAUAGAAUCAGUGUUACCGCUUUCUAGCUCGGGCCAGCAAGCCCUUCUCACCAUUGCCUCAUGAGUAAUCUCCAUCUGGGUCCCUUCCACCUGAAUAAAUAAAGGAAUCCACGAACCGC